CUUAUUCUGAUUGGUGAAAGCGCGGCGGAUUAGGAAAUAGGGGGUCAGUAAGAGAACAGAAAUAUGCUGAAACACGAGAAACCCUGACGACGGCUAAACUGUUAUUGUCUUCUGUCCUGUGAUUUGUUAGACAUCACAGUUGUCUUGUAAACAUUAUUCCGGAAACCGUGUUGGAAUGAUUUCGUGCUCGGCGACCGUCAAAAGCGCUGGUCUCUGGGAAGUGCUGUUUGUGUUUGUUUAAGUUAGCUGUGCUAGCUGUGUGGACAGACUGUCAGUGAGUUAGUUACACUGAGCUACUAACGUUAGCUGCAGUUAGGCUCUUAAUGUGCAAUAUUUGCGAAUGGAUUAUUGUGUUGUAGUCCUUUUUUCUCUUGGGAGAAGUUUCUGGUUCAUUGGCUUGCUGGUUAAUGUCUUUAGCUGGUGGGUUAUGCAGUCAGGUGCAGUUCACUGACUGAUUUAAAAAGCUAGAUGGCUAGUUAGGACCACAGGUUGUUAAUGUGCUGAGUUAAAUAUUUUUAGUCGUUCACUGCGUUGAGGACAAAUUGAGGACAACAUGAAUUCAGCUAAGAAGUCUUGCCUGGUCCUGAUUGUGGCUUUAGCUGUGACUUUGGAAGUGACAGCUGGUGAAGUACCCUCAGAUGAUGGUGUUGGUGAGGGUGGGGAUUCUCAGAGCACUGCUGAAAAUGAAGGUGCCAAUAUUGUGACAGGACGUGCAUAUGUUCCUAAAGAUGCCCAGACUGACAGCAGUACAACAGACACUGAUAUGGAGAUCAAAGUUGAUGAGAUUGAAAAGGAAGACCUUCCUAGUCAGCCACCUCCACCACAGGAGCGUAGUAAAGAAGUUCCGGUGGUGAAUGGUGGAACGGCCUCUGGGGAGCCCUGCAUAUUCCCUUUUCUUUUUCAAGGGAAGGAGUAUUCAGACUGCACUACUGAAGGCAGAGGAGAUGGGAGACUGUGGUGUGCCACAACGUACGACUACAAUAACGAUAAGAGAUGGGGCUUCUGUGAAACGGAGGAGCAGGCAGAGCAGAGGAGGAUGGCGGAAGAGGCUGAAGAACAGUACCAAGCCACAGUUAGGAUGAUUAAUGGCACUAACCGAAGAAGCCAGAAGAAAGAACUGUUUGACAAACUCCUGCAGGUUGCAGAGAUGGGUCAUACCAAGGCCAUGGAGAAGGUAGCAUAUGCCAUGCUGUUUGGAGACUACUUACCCCAGAGCAUUCCUCAGGCGAAGGAGAUGUUUGAGAAGUUGGCACUGGAGGGCUCGCCAAAAGCCCAGACUGCACUUGGAUUCCUGUAUGCUGCAGGAUUGGGUGUGAACUCAAGUCAGGCAAAGGCGUUGGUGUACUACACCUUUGGAGCUUUGGGUGGAAACCUAGUGGCACAUAUGAUUCUGGGCUAUAGAUAUUGGGGAGGUGUUGGAGUUCCUCAGAGCUGUGAAUCUGCUCUCACUCACUACAGACUAGUGGCCAAUCACGUGGCCAGCGACGUGUCUCUGACAGGGGGCAGUGCAGUACAGCGGAUCCGGCUCUUAGAUGAAGUGGAAAAUCCUGGUUCUAGCAGUGGAAUGCUAGAAGAGGACCUAAUCCAGUACUACCAGUUCUUGGCUGAGAAAGGAGAUGUGCAGGCACAGGUUGGUCUGGGUCAGUUACACCUACAUGGAGGAAGAGGUGUAGAGCAAAAUCACCAGCGGGCCUACGAGUACUUCAACCAGGCAGCAAACGCUGGGAACACACAUGCUAUGGCCUUCCUUGGAAAGAUGUACUCUGAAGGUAGUGAGUAUGUGCCUCAGAACAAUGAGACAGCACUACAUUAUUUCAAGAAGGCUGCAGACUUGGGUAAUCCAGUUGGCCAGAGUGGCCUCGGUAUGGCUUACCUGUAUGGAAGGGGUGUUCCUGUGAACUAUGACCUGGCCUUGAAGUAUUUUCAAAAAGCUGCAGAGCAAGGAUGGGUGGAUGGACAGCUGCAGCUAGGAACCAUGUACUACAAUGGCAUUGGAGUGAAGCGUGAUUACAAGCAGGCCCUUAAAUUCUUCAACCUGGCAUCGCAAGCGGGUCACAUCCUAGCCUUUUAUAACCUUGCCCAAAUGCAUGCGACAGGAACAGGGGUCAUGCGCUCCUGUCACACUGCCGUAGAGCUCUUCAAGAACGUGUGCGAGCGCGGCCGCUGGUCUGAGAGACUCAUGGCGGCCUACAGAAGCUUUAAGGAGGGUGAUAUGGACUCUGCUCUUAUUCAGUAUCUCCUGUUGGCAGAACAGGGCUAUGAGGUUGCACAGAGCAAUGUGGCCUUCGUCCUUGAUCAAAAGGGGUCGCAGAUCUUCAAUGAAAAUGAAACAUACCCACGGGCUUUGCUUCAUUGGACCAGAGCAGCUGCUCAAGGUUACACCGUUGCCCGAAUCAAGCUGGGCGACUACCAUUUCUAUGGCUAUGGCACUGAUGUAGACUAUGAGACUGCAGUGAUUCACUAUCGGCUGGCCUCUGAGCAGCAGCAUAGUGCACAGGCUAUGUUCAACCUGGGUUAUAUGCAUGAGAAGGGCCUUGGGAUCAAACAGGACAUUCAUCUGGCUAAACGUUUCUAUGACAUGGCUGCAGAAGCCAGUCCUGAUGCCCAAGUUCCUGUGUUCCUGGCCCUGUGCAAGCUAGGCCUUGUUUAUGCACUACAGUACUUGCAGGAUCUCAAUCUGAAGGAGGUUCUGUCUCAGGUGGAUCUCGACCAGUUGCUUGGUCCAGAGUGGGAUCUCUACCUAAUGACUGUCAUUGCUCUGCUCUUGGGCACAGUAAUCGCAUAUCGGCAGCGACAGCACCAGGCUGUACCCAGAGCCCCUGCAGCACCCAAUAGACCUCCAGCCCAGCCGGAGCAGCCUGCCGAAGAGCCUGAAGAACAAUGAGAGCUAGGGAUCAGGGUGGAGGUGACCAAACUGGACUAGGCUUACAGGAGAGCGGUUUGAGGCCCAGUUGUGUCUCUCCUCUUUCUAAAAACUACACCCUGCUCUGGUCUUUAACCCUGCAAAACUUUCAGGACUCUUGUUGCCCUGUUCAACCCCCCUCCAGUCUUUUAACUGUGGCAUGGGGAAAAACUAGAUGAACUUUUACAAAAUCUUAAAUGUGCGCCUCAGGGUUUUGCCAGGUGAAAUAACAUUUGUGCAAAUCAAUGCUCACUAUGUGGUGGGAAAAGACAACAUUGCUGAAUGAACUCUGCUUUUUUUUUUGUUUGCCACUGUGCUAAAAGCCAAGGAACUUUUUUUUUGUGCAACCCAUCCCAGGAUUUUUUUUUUUGUGUUACUGUUUUUGGUAGUGUUAAAUUUGUAAAAAAGAAUUGGACACCAUGCCUCUUUGAGAUGCAAGAUGGGUUUGCUUUGAAUUUGAAAUGUAAAAAGUUCAUAAUUUAAGCAUGCUUUGCAUUCAGUGGCUAAUAUUGGAUAUUUUUGCUUUUUUCAGUCCAGCAAUUAUUUAUAAUGUCAGUAUUUUGGCAAAAGUAGUUUUCACCGACACACAGAUGUAAAUUUCACUGUCUUGAUGAAAACCUGCAUAAUUACAAAUGAAUAAAUGACAUGGUAUAGGUAA